UUCUGUAUCGCACCAUAAUAGCCGUAAUGGAAAAUGAGCCUUUGCUCUCAUAUUACAGUCCCAGAAAGCGUCAUCCACCUUCGCAUCUCGCGCCUCUGGCGGAGAACGACGAGGUGGUCCUUCCUCUGAACGCAUCGGAGAUCAAGGAGCGCCUUAUCUUCGGGCCGUCGACUCCUGAAGAUUCUGCAGCUUUAGUUGAAGCACUCACGCUUUCGCUUAAUUCCCCAAGACAGCAUUCUUCUUCACACGACCUUUUAGCUGCUCUCCUCGAAUCACAAUCUCAACUUCCCCGAAAAUCAUCCUCAAACCCUGCCGUUCGUCGUUGUAAAACGGCACCGGCUAUGGCGGUGAUCCCCGAAUUCAACCACCAGCAAUCCUCUGAGCCUAAACCCCAACGUAACUCAAAUUCAAUUGUUUCCCAAGCGGUUAUCCUUCUUGUUAUCUAUUUAUCAUUGGGGGUGGUUAUAUAUUCUCUCAAUCGUCAUAAUUUUACUGGAAGUGAGACUAACCCUGUGGUGGAUGCCCUCUAUUACUGUGUGGUGACAAUGUGCACAAUAGGAUACGGUGACAUUACUCCCACUAGUACAGCGACCAAGCUUUUUUCUAUUCUGUUUUCGUUGGUGGGAUUUGGGUUUAUUGACAUAUUGCUUUGCGGGAUGGUGAUUCAUGUUCUUGAUUUGCAAGAGAGUCAUUUGCUGAAGACAAUGAAGAGAUCAUAUGUAAUUGAUGCCAAGAAAGGGAGAAUGAGGAUUAGGAUGAAGGUGGCCUUGGCAUUGUUGGUUGUGGUGCUUUGUAUUGGGGUUGGUGUUUGUGUGAUGCAUUAUGUGGAGAAACUUACAUGGGUGGAUUCUUUCUAUCUUUCUGUGAUGUCAGUUACAACUGUUGGCUAUGGUGACCAGGCAUUCAAAUCAUUUUCUGGUCGUAUCUUUGCUGCAAUUUGGUUGCUUUUGUCUACUCUUGCAGUUGCCAGGGCUUUUCUUUAUUUAGCUGAGGCAAGAGUGGAUAAGAGGAAUAGAAGAAUGGCAAAGUGGAUUCUUGGUCAUGAUUUGACUGUUUCUGAUUUUUUUGCUGCAGACUUGGACAAUAAUGGCUGUGUGAGUAAAUCAGAAUUUGUUAUAUACAAGCUCAAGGAGAUGGGAAAACUGGCAGAUAAAGACAUCAUGCUGGUCGGUGAGAAGUUUGACCGGCUAGAUACCGGUAAACGUGGCUAUAUAAAACUUGCUGAUCUCAUGGAGGCUAAUCUUUGAUAAUAUAAUACGGUUAUCUUUAAGUGCAAGAAAAUGAAGAAAUUUCUGCGUCUUCACCAACAUAAUCAAUUGAAGAGGAGGAAUAUCAUGUUGUCUAGUUUCAUGCUGCUGUUCAUUCCCUGACCCUUCGUUGUGUUCAUUGAGAUAAGGCAUAAAUGUUGAAGGUGAAUGCAGCACAAGAAACCAUAUUUAUGUCAUAUUUUUUGUCGUUUUGGCCAGCGUAGUUUGGCGGUUUGUUUAG